AUGAAAGAUCGGGGACUCGUGGUCGAGCAAUCUUCUGAAAAACGAAGACGAAGACGGGAACAGAGGCGGAAAACGGAAGAAGUAGACGCUAGGGCGCUGGAAAAAUUGACGAAAUCGGCGAAAUCGAAGUCGAAAUCGCAAAAUUGCGUUUCUUUUGCGAAAAAAUUGGCGACCGAUUCUAGCUCUCCAAAAAGCGACCGAUCUGCGCCAUUAAAAAGCAGUUUGAAAAAGCGCAACGAAUUCGGCGAAACCAGUUCGAGCGGAGUCCAGAGCGGAUCGGCCGAUUCCGACGCUGAUUCUAUCAAGGCUAAGCAGGUUUCGCGAAAACAAAAGCGCGAGCGAAGUUCGGUAACUUCUAAUUCCAAGAGAAAGACGUCCUCCGAGUCCGAAAUCGAGGAUCUUGCGGGAAUGCUGAGGAUCAAGGCCAAAGAAAGAAAACAACGAGCGAUGGAAGCAAAAGUCGAAGAUUCAGAAAGAAAGCUUGCUGAUUUUGCUGCAAGACUUACUGUUCGGAAAAAUAAGCUUGAAGAUCUCCAUUCCAAAUUAAAGGAGCGAAAGCAGAAACUCAAAGAUCGCGAAGGAAAACUAAAAGCUUUUGAAAAACAAAUCUCCGAACGCGAAGAAAAAUUACGAGCAAAGGCGAAAGUUGUCAGACAUCAUGAAGCAGCACUACGUCAUGAAGAGGGCAACGUCAGCCGGCGGGAACAUUCCGUCACUGCCAAGCUGCAGCAGCUGGAAGCUAGAACAACUCUUGUCACGGCGAAGGAGAAAAUCGGCGAGGAGAUUUCAACGCUCGCGAAAAAACAAUAUUAUCAAUCGACUUUUGGCCUGAGCGGAGUUUACAACACGAAAAAAGGUAAGUCCUGCGAAUCUCUGGACGAUCUUUCAGACAUCGACUCAGAAGACCUCGAGAAGCAGAUCAAAAAUUUAAAGCUCAAGCCUGUUUCUCUUUCCAAAAAACAAGUCGGUCUCCUUUUAUAA